UCGAGCUCAAUAUUACAAAGUGUUGGAAUCCCAUUAAGCAAUGGAGAUGACGAGCAGCAUGAUGGUGAAGCCGGUGCCCCACCCGCUCGUCGGCGAGAAGGUGGCGCUGACCGUCUUCGACCGCGCUGCCGCGGACGUCUUCGUCCCCACCGUGCUCGUCUACCUUGCGCCGGCGCCGUCCAACGAGGCGCUCACGGGAGGCCUUCUCAAGGCCGUCGCGCCGUACCCGCACCUGACGGGGCGCCUCACGGUCGACCAGCUCGGCCGGCGCUUCCUCCACGUCAACAAUGAGGGCGUGCUCCUGAUUGAGACCACGGUACAAGCUAACCUGGCGGACGUACUCGUCGAAGGCCGGAUGACCACCAGAGCCGACCACCUCUACCCUACAAUACCAGAGCCAGAGGAGAACAAUGGGGAGGCGCUGCUGCAGAUCCAGCUGAACAGGUACAGGUGCGGUGGUCUCGUCAUCGGGAUAUGCUCCCACCACCGUGCAGCUGACGGCCUCUCCAUGAGCAUGUUCUUCACCGCGUGGGCGACAGCGGUCCGUGAGGGUGAUGACUUCACCAUGCCGACCCCAUUCCUCGACCGUGCGAAAACCGCCGUGCCCCAAAGCACGCCGACGCCGGUGUUCGACCACCGGUCACUGGAGUUCACGCGUGGGGACGGUGAAGCAGCAUACGCCGUCAUUCCCAUGGACAGGAUAAAAAACCUCACGGUGCACUUCACGGCCGAGUUCGUCGCCGAUCUCAAAGCCCGUGUAGGCGCCCGCUGCAGCACGUUCCAGUGCCUGCUCGCGCACGUCUGGAGGAAGAUCACCGCAGCGCGGGCCCUCAAACCGGAGGAGUUCACCAAGGUGAGGGUGGCCGUGAACUGCCGGGGCAGGGCCGACCCACCCGUGCCGUUGAACUUCUUCGGAAACAUGGUUUUGUGGGCGUUCCCAAGGCUUCAGGUCCGGGAUCUCAUGAGCUCGAGCUAUGGCAGCGUGGUCGGCGCCAUCCGUGACGCCGUGGCACGGAUCGACGGCGAGUACGUGCAGUCCUUCGUGGACUUUGGCGGGGUGGCUGACGCGAACGGUGAGGAGCUCGUCGCCGCGGCGGCCCCUCCGGGCUCGAUGUUCUGCCCAGACGCAGAGGUGGACAGCUGGCUGGGGUUCAGCUUCCAUCAGCUCGACUUCGGCACCGGCGCGCCUGCUGCUCUGCUGCCGCCGGACUUGCCCGUGGAGGGGCUCAUGUUCUUGGUGCCGUCACACAAGGCGAAAGGUGGCGUCGACCUCUUCAUGGCCGUCGCGGAGGAGCACGUUGCGGCGUUCGAGCAGAUCUGCUACUGCUUGGAUUGA